AUGUUGGAGAACUACAGAAACCUGUUCUCCCUGGGUCUCGCAGCCUCUAAGCCAGACCUGAUCACCUGUCUGGAGCAAAGGAAAGAGCCCUGGAAGGUGAAGAGACGUGAGACAGUAGCCGAACACCCAGCUGUGUCUUCUCAUUCCACCCAAGACUGUUUGCCAGAGCAGCACAUAAAUGUUUUAUUCCAAAAAGUGAUACUGAGGCGAUAUGGAAGCAGUGGCCUUGAGAAUUUAAACUUAACAAAAGACUGGGCAAGUGUGGGUGAGUGUCAGGAGCAGAAAGGAUGUUAUAAUGGACUUAAGCAAUGUUCAAAAACUACUCAGAGCAAAAUCUUCCAAUGUAAUAAAUGUUUGAAAGUCUUCAGAAAAUUGUCAAAUCUAAAUAGACAUAAGAUGAGACAUACUGUAGAGAAAUCUUUUAAAUGUAAAGAACGUGGGAAAGCUUUUAAACAAUGCUCACAUAUUACUGAACAUAAGAGAAUUUAUAAUGGAAAGAAAUGUUACAAAUGUGAAGAAUGUGGCAAAGUCUUCAAUCAGUGCUCAUACCUUACGAAACAUAAGAGAAUUCAUACUGGAGAGAAACCCUACAAAUGUGAAAAAUGUGGCAAAGCCUUUAAUCAGUGCUCAUACCUUACGAAACACGAGAGAAUUCAUACCGGAGAGAAACCUUACAAAUGUGAAGAAUGUGGCAAAGCCUUUAAUCAGUGCUCAUACCUUACGAAACACGAGAGAAUUCAUACCGGAGAGAAACCCUACAAAUGUGAAGAAUGUGGCAAAGCUUUUAACCGGUGCUCACACCUUACUAUACAUAAGCGAAUUCAUACCAGAGAAAAACCCUAUGAAUGUGAAGAAUGUGGGAAAGCCUUUAAUCAAUGCUCAUACCUUACUAAACAUAAGAGAAUUCAUAUCGGAGAGAAACCCUACAAAUGCGAAGAAUGUGGGAAAGCCUUUCACUGGUACUCAGACCUUUCUGUACAUAAAAGAAUUCAUACAGGAGAGAAACCAUACAAAUGUGAACAAUGUGGCAAAGCCUUUAAUCAGUUCUCAUAUCUUACUAAGCAUAAGAGAAUUCAUACCGGAGAGAAACCCUACAAAUGUGAAGAAUGUGGCAAAGCCUUUCACUGGUACUCAGACCUCUCUGUACAUAAAAGAAUUCAUACAGGAGAGAAACCUUACAAAUGUGAACAAUGUGGCAAAGCCUUUAAUACAUGCUCAUACCUUACUAAACAUAAAAGAAUUCAUACAGGAGAGAAACCCUACAAAUGUGAACAGUGUGGCACAGCCUUUAACCAGUGCUCAUACCUUACUGCACAUAAGAUAGUUCAUACAGGAGAUAAGCCCUACAAAUGUGGAGAAUGUGGCAAAGCCUUUAGCCAGUGCUCAUACCUUACUGCACAUAAGAGAAUUCACACUGGAGAGAAACCCUACAAAUGUGAAGAAUGUGGCAAAGCCUUUAAUUGGUGCUCAGAUCUUACCAUGCAUAAGAGAAUUCAUACCAGAGAAAAAUCCUAA